AGGAGAGCUACGGAGCCAUUUUGUACUCAUUUUAAACUCAGUGUGGGUUAACGCAGCCGCUGCGCGCCCUGGAUACACCGAUACUAUGGAUACCGAGUGUUUUUUUCCACGUUAAAAGUUCACAAUGAGGGAUAAAAGUAAAACGCGGUGUUGGGAGAGGGAGAGUUAAGGGUUUCACGGAGGACUUUCGGUGAAGUUGAUGGCAUUUGGCAGGUUUAAAAGCAUGGAGCUGUCGAUGUGUUGGAUUUGGGUUUGUGUCCUGUUCAGCGUGCCGCUUGCAGGAUGUGUGGAGAUGCACCUUUCGGAGACUUUACAGCCCGGGACGCUUUUGGCAAACCUGUCGCUCGGCCCUGGAUGGACUUAUAAAAUCGAUAGGACUUUAUCCACUGAAUUCAUUCAAAGCUUAUUCCAGGUUGAGAGACACGAUGGAGUUAUCCGUCUGUCCCACAAAGUUCAGUGUGCGCGCACACCGAGGAACCCUGUACCUGUUUAUUUCAGAUCAAAUUCCCCGACGUCUGGAGACGUUAUUCUGACACAGUUUAAUGUGUUCGUCCACGGCCAGGACUGUUUUAUCAAAUACAAGAGAAAGAAAGCGCCAGGUAAGGCAGACAUUCACAUCAAACACCUUUCAAAACUGGAGGCAACUUCCUGCUUACCCGCAGGUAAAUUGCUUUUGAAUGUAACAGAACUUUUGCCUGCCUUUGCGCGAAACACCACCUCUGUGGACAGCAUGUGUGUUGAACAGGAGUUGAACGCAGUCCUCAGGCGUGGACAUUUAUUCCUGGCCAGCGACCUGUGUCUCGAGCACAGAGGACAGCUCGAGGUGAGUUUCCACUGUGCGUUGCACGGCUCUCCAGGCGGCAGACUCUCUGUGCAGCUGAGUCUGACGUUUGUCAAUGUGCCUCAACAAAGCGGAUCCUCUUCAGAAACCGCCCUGAGAAAGCAUGGCAAAGUGAUCCGCCGAGGUAAGCGACAGGUAAACACGUCUCCCCAGUUCCAGCUCCCAAACUAUCAGGUGUCCGUGCCCGAGAAUGAGCCCGCAGGCACAAGGGUUAUCACCCUGAAGGCCACUGACCCCGAUGAUGGAGAGGCAGGCAGGCUGGAGUACAGCAUGGAAGCCUUGUUUGACAGCAGGUCCAAUGACUUUUUUGACAUUGACGCUCAGACAGGCAGCAUCACAACCGUCCAGUCUCUGGACAGAGAAGUCAAAGACACCCAUGUUUUCAAAGUUACUGCAACUGACAAUGGCUCCCCGAAAAGAUCUGCCACUUCUUACCUCACUGUCACCGUAAGUGACACUAAUGAUCACAGCCCUGUGUUUGAGCAAAUUGAAUAUCGUGUUAGCAUCCGGGAAAAUGUAGAAGUGGGGUUUGAAGUGAUGACAAUCAGGGCCACUGAUGGGGAUGCUCCCUCCAAUGCCAACAUGAUUUAUAAAAUUGUGAACGGCGAAGGAGUGAACUCUGUGUUUGAAAUCGACCCCCGGAACGGCCUGGUGAGGAUCAGGGAGCGGCCUGACAGGGAGACCCGGGCCCAGUACCAGCUGAUUGUUGAGGCCAAUGACCAAGGCAAAGACCCGGGUCCUCGCAGUGCUACUGCCACUGUCAACAUCUCAGUGGAGGAUGAGAAUGACAACUACCCACAGUUCAGUGAAAAGAGGUAUGUUGUACAGGUUCCAGAGAACGUGGCAGUCAACACCAAAGUCAUCCAGGUAGAAGCUACAGACAAAGAUGAGGGGAAUAACGCCAAAGUUCAUUACAGCAUCAUCAGUGGCAAUGUUAAGGGACAGUUCUACAUUCACUCCCCCACUGGUGUGAUUGAUGUCAUUAAUCCUCUGGACUAUGAGAUGAUUCGGGAGUAUAAUUUGCGCAUUAAGGCUCAGGAUGGUGGGAGGCCUCCUCUGAUAAAUGGCACAGGGAUGGUGGUUGUGCAAGUGGUGGAUGUUAACGACAAUGCCCCCAUGUUUGUCAGCACACCUUUCCAGGCUACUGUGUUGGAAAAUGUGGCGAUUGGUUACUCGGUGAUCCACAUUCAAGCCAUUGAUGGUGAUUCAGGAGAAAACGCUCGUUUGGAAUACAGGUUAACUGACACCACGCCUGGUUUUCCCUUCACCAUCAACAACAGCACAGGCUGGAUUACAGUGAGUGAAGAGCUGGACAGAGAGACCACUGACUUCUACACUUUUGGCGUGGAGGCGAGAGAUCAUGGGAUACCUGUGAUGUCCUCCUCAGCAAGCGUGAGCAUCACAGUGCUCGACGUGAAUGACAAUGUGCCAACAUUUACAGAGAAGAUCUACUCCUUAAAGAUUAAUGAAGACGCUGUCGUGGGGACCAGUGUACUGACGGUGACGGCCGUGGAUAGGGACGUCAACAGUGUGGUGACCUAUCAGAUCUCCAGUGGCAACACCAGGAACCGUUUUGCCAUCACUAGCCAGAGUGGCGGUGGUCUCAUCACCUUAGCCCUUCCCUUGGACUACAAGCAAGAACGCCAGUACGUCCUGACCAUUACUGCCAGUGAUGGAACACGCUAUGACACUGCUCAGGUGUUUAUCAAUGUGACAGACGCCAAUACGCACCGGCCCGUCUUCCAAAGUGCCAAUUAUCAGGUGUUGCUCAGUGAGGAAAAGCCAGUGGGCUCCACUGUGGUGGUGAUCAGUGCGACGGAUGAGGACACUGGGGAAAAUGCUCGCAUCACCUAUGUAAUGGAGGACAAUGUUCCUCAGUUUAAAAUUGACCCAGAUACAGGUGCAAUUACAACACAAAUGGAGAUUGAUUAUGAAGACCAGGCCUCCUACACAUUAGCCAUCAUUGCCAGAGACAAUGGUAUCCCUCAGAAAUCUGAUACUACCUAUGUGGAAAUCAUCAUCGUAGAUGCCAAUGAUAAUGCACCUCAGUUUCUUAGAGAUAUGUACCAGGGGAGUGUAUUUGAAGAUGCACCUGUAUAUACCAGCGUCCUCCAGAUCUCUGCUUCAGAUAGAGAUUCUGGCUCAAAUGGCAGGGUGAGCUACACGUUUCAGGGUGGAGAUGACGGAGAGGGGGAUUUCAUCAUAGAGACUUACUCUGGUAUCAUCAGAACUGCUCGCAAACUGGACAGGGAGAAUGUUCCCGUUUACAAUCUUAAGGCCUUUGCUGUAGAUAGGGGGGUUCCGCCUCUAAAAGCAGCUGUUUCCAUUCACGUGGUUGUCCAAGACAUAAACGACAAUGCUCCAGUAUUUGACAAGGAUGAGCUAUUCAUUGAGGUGGAGGAGAAUAGCCCAGUGGGGUCCGUUGUGGCCCGGAUCUCCGCCACCGACCCUGAUGAGGGCACCAAUGCUCAGAUCAUGUAUCAGAUUGUGGAAGGGAAUAUUCCAGAGGUUUUCCAGCUAGACAUUUUUAAUGGUGACCUCACUGCACUCACAGACCUGGAUUAUGAGACUAAAACAGAAUAUGUCAUUGUGGUCCAGGCAACCUCGGCACCACUAGUGAGUCGGGCCACUGUGCACAUCCGCCUUGUAGACAUGAAUGACAAUUCGCCGGUGCUGCAGGACUUUGAGAUUCUUUUCAACAAUUAUGUCACCAACAAGUCCAACAGUUUUCCAUCGGGAAUAAUCGGAAAGGUACCUGCCCAUGACCCGGAUGUUUCAGAUAAGCUACGGUACAAGUUUGAAUCUGGAAAUGAGCUCAGUCUGCUGCUGUUGAACGAGGACACUGGGGAUCUGAGGUUGAGCAGGGACCUGGACAAUGACAGACCCCUGGAGGCUCCCAUGACCAUUUCUGUCUCAGAUGGUAUCCAUCGUGUUGUGGCCCUCUGCACGCUGCGUGUCACCAUCAUCACUGAUGACAUGUUGACCAACAGCAUCACUGUGCGUCUGGAGAACAUGUCCCAGGAGCGUUUCCUUUCUCCUCUACUCAGUCUCUUCCUUGAGGGUGUGGCGACUGUGCUCUCCACCAAACGGGAAGCCGUAUUCGUGUUCAACAUCCAAAAUGACACUGACGUGCAAGGCUCCAUCCUCAAUGUAACCUUCUCGGCGCUGCAGCCUGGAGGCACCCCGGGUAAAGGGACGUUCUUCCCUUCUGAGGAGCUGCAGGAACAGAUCUACCUCAACAGGACCCUGCUCAGGCUUAUAUCCUCUCAGGAGGUGUUACCAUUUGAUGACAACAUCUGUCUGCGGGAGCCCUGUGAGAACUACAUGAAGUGUGUGUCAGUGCUGAAGUUCGACAGCUCUCCUCCUUUCAUUGCCUCUGACACGGUUCUUUUUCGGCCCAUCCACCCCAUCAAUGGGCUGCGCUGCCGUUGUCCACUUGGCUUUACUGGGGACUACUGCGAGACUGAGAUCGACCUUUGCUUCUCAGGACCCUGUAAGAACAAUGGGAGGUGCCGCAGCCGAGAGGGAGGGUACACCUGUGAGUGCCUGGAAGAGUUCACGGGUGAGCACUGUGAGCUGGAUGUAUCAUCAGACCGGUGUGUUCCCGGUGUGUGUAAGAAUGGUGGCAAGUGUGUGAACCGGCUUGCAGGUGGUUUCAUGUGCCAGUGCCCACCGGGGGAGUUCGAGAAGCCCUACUGUGAGAUGACCACCCGCAGCUUCCCUGGACAGUCCUUCAUCACCUUUAGAGGCCUGAGGCAAAGGUUCCACUUCACUAUUUCCGUCAUGUUUGCUACCAGAGAGAGAAACGCUCUGCUUCUCUACAAUGGAAGGUUCAAUGAAAAGCACGACUUCAUUGCUGUGGAGAUCAUUGAUGAGCAGAUUCAGCUCACCUUCUCUGGAGGUGAGGCAAAGACCACAGUAUCGCCCUACAUCCCAGGCGGGGUCAGUGAUGGCCAGUGGCACUCUGUCCAGCUGCAUUACUACAACAAGCCUAAUAUCGGACGUCUGGGCAUCCCUCAUGGACCCUCUGGGGAAAAGGUGGCUGUGAUAGCCGUAGAUGACUGCGACAUCUCCAUGGCGAUUCGCUUCGGAAAGCAAAUCGGCAACUACUCCUGUGCCGCCCAAGGCACCCAGACUGGACAGAAGAAAUCACUGGACUUGACAGGACCGCUGCUGCUUGGCGGAGUUCCCAACCUACCUGAGGACUUUCCAGUCAGGAACAGAGACUUUGUGGGUUGCAUGAGAAACCUCAGGAUCGACAGCAAACCCAUUGAUAUGGCCAGCUACAUAGCUAACAACGGCACCAUAGCAGGUUGUCCAGCAAAGCAAAACUUUUGCACGAAUGAUGUUUGUCAGAAUGGAGGAGUGUGUGUUAGCAAGUGGAACACCUACAGCUGUGACUGCCCAACAGGUUAUGGAGGCAAGAACUGUGAACAAGUGAUGCCAUCUCCUCAGUUCUUUGACGGCCAGGCUCUGGUCUCUUGGAGUGACCCAGACAUUACUGUCGCUGUUCCCUGGUACAUGGGCCUCAUGUUCCGCACCAGGCAGCCUGCUGGCACCCUAAUGCAGGCCAAUGCCGGAUCCUCUUCCACUAUCAACCUCAUGGUGAGUGAGCAACAGGUACGUAUGGAGGUGUUACUGAGACAGCAACUGGUGGCAUCGCUGGGCUUCCCCCAAGUUCGGGUCAAUGACGGGGAGUGGCACCAUCUGCUGGUAGAACUGAAAAGCGUUAAAGAUGGAAAAGACAUCAAAUACAUGGCUGCUGUGUCCCUGGACUACGACAUGUACCAGCAGAAGUCAGUGGAGAUUGGUAAUGAUCUUCCAGGAUUAAAAGUGCAGACUCUUCAUGUUGGAGGUCUGCCUGGAGCUGACAACCAUGUCAGUAAGGGAUUUGUUGGCUGCAUACAGGGUGUGCGUAUGGGAGAGACAUCCACCAAUGUGGCCAAUGUGAACAUGGCUCAGGGUUUGAAGAUCCGCGUGGAAGAUGGCUGCGACCUGGCUGACCCCUGCGACACUAACAUCUGCCCUGAGAACAGCCACUGCAGUGAUGACUGGAGCACACACACCUGUGUCUGUGACCCAGGUUAUUUUGGUAAGGAGUGUGUGGACGCUUGCCAGCUCAACCCUUGUGAGCACGUUUCCACCUGCGUUCGCAAACCAAGUUCCUCCCACGGCUACACCUGUGAAUGCGGACAGAACUACUACGGCCAGUACUGUGAAAACAAAGUGGAAAAGCCAUGUCCUCAAGGUUGGUGGGGCAGUCCCAUGUGUGGACCUUGUAACUGUGACACGACCAAGGGAUUUCAUAAAGACUGCAACAAGACAACUGGAGAGUGUCGCUGCAAGGAAAACCACUAUCGUCCAGAAGGUGGGGACACUUGCUACCCCUGCGAGUGUUUUGCUGUUGGUUCUAUGUUGCGAACUUGUGACCCCGUCUCUGGGCAGUGCCCCUGCAAAGGAGGAGUAAUCGGCCGGCAGUGUAACCGCUGUGAUAACCCCCAUGCCGAGGUUACUCACGCUGGAUGUGAGGUUGUGUACGACGCCUGUCCCGUGGUGUUUGAUGCAGGUAUCAGGUGGCCCAGGACCAAAUUUGGGCGCCCUGCUGCCAUGAAUUGUCCCAAAGGAUCCAUCGGUACUGCUAUCCGCCACUGUAGCGAAGAGAAGGGCUGGUUAUUGCCUGAGCUCUUCAAUUGCACCACCGUCACUUUCUCCCAUCUGAAGAAACUAAAUGAAGACCUGCGCCGCAACAGUUCAAGGAUGGACAGCGAACGCUCCAAGACGAUUGUGCGUUUGCUUCACAGCGCCACCAAUAGCACCCAGCAUUUCUAUGGCAACGAUGUGAGGACAGCUGCUCAGCUGCUGAAUCGUGUGCUGCUGUAUGAGAGCCAGCAGACUGGAUUUGACCUCACCGCCAUGAAAGAUGCAGAAUUCAAUGAGAACUUGGUGCGAGCAGGCAGCUCCAUACUGGAUCCUGACAACAAGGAACACUGGGAGCAGAUCCAGAGGACUGAAGGUGGCACCGCCCAUCUACUCCGCAACUUCGAGGACUACGCCAACACCCUGGCACAGAACGUCAGGAAAACCUACCUGAAGCCCUUCACCAUCAUCACUGACAACAUGAUUCUAACUGUGGACUACUUGGAUGUAUCGGACUCAGAGGGGGCAACAUUGCCUCGGUUUGAGGAUAUCAGUGAGCCCUACCCCAAAGAGCUUGGGUCCUCUGUCCACUUCCCCCAGUUCAACCUCCGUACUCAAGGCCACAGAGUAGAAGCCACUCCUGCCCCUCCAACUCCGACCGAUCCCCCACAGGAGGAGGAGCACACAGUGUCUGACAGGAGACGCCGCCAUCUGGAACCAGCUACCCCUCUGCCAGUUGCUGUGGUGAUAGUGUACAAAUCACUGGGGAAGCUCCUCCCGGAAAGAUACGACCCUGACCGCAGGAGCCUGAGGGUCCCCAACCGGCCAGUGAUCAACACAGCCAUAGUGAGUGCCACAGUGCAUAGUGAGGGUACACCACUUUCUCCAGUCCUGGACCCCCCAAUCACUUUGGAGUACACCUUAUUGGAAACGGAGGAGAGAACCAAACCUGUCUGUGUCUUCUGGAAUCACUCUUUAGCGAUCGGAGGUACAGGCGGCUGGUCCUCUAAAGGCUGUGAGGUGCUCAACAGGAACAACAGCCACAUUAGUUGUCAGUGUAACCACAUGACCAGCUUCGCUGUGCUCAUGGACAUUUCCAAGAGAGAGCACGGUGAUGUUCUCCCCCUGAAGAUCGUCACCUACACCACUGUGUCGGUCUCCCUGCUCCUCCUUCUCCUCACUUUCAUCUUGUUGUGCCUCUUGCACCGGCUGCGCUCCAACCUCCACGCCAUCCACAGGAACCUGGUAGCAGCGCUCUUCUUCUCCGAGCUUGUCUUCCUGCUUGGCAUCAAUCAGACUGACAACCCGUUUGUAUGCACAGUGAUCGCCAUCCUCCUCCAUUACUUCUACAUGUGCACGUUUGCCUGGAUGUUCGUGGAGGGGCUGCACAUCUACCGCAUGCUGACAGAGAUGCGGAACAUCAACCACGGCCACAUGAGGUUCUACUACGCCAUGGGCUGGGGCAUACCGGCUGUUAUCACUGGCUUGGCUGUAGGUCUUGACCCUCAGGGUUAUGGGAAUCCAGACUUCUGCUGGCUUUCUGUCCAUGACACACUCAUCUGGAGCUUCGCAGGACCCAUCUUUGUAGUAGUCCUGGUGAACAUAGUGAUCUUUAUUCUGGCUGCGAAGGCUUCAUGUGGUCGCAGGCAGAAGGCUGUGGAGAAGUCAGGAGCAAUUCCUGCACUUCGAAUGGCCUUCCUCCUGUUGCUGCUGAUCAGUGCUACCUGGCUGCUUGGCCUAAUGGCGGUCAACAGCGACGUGAUGACAUUCCACUACCUGUUCGCUGUCUUCAGCUGUCUGCAGGGCAUCUUCAUAUUCUUCUUCCAUGUGAUCUUCAACAAAGAGGUGAGGAAGAACCUCAAGAAUGUCUUCACAGGAAAGAAGAGUGUCCCGGACGAGUCCAGCACCACAAGGGCCUCUCUGCUCACACGUUCUCUCAACUGCAACAACACGUACACAGAAGACGGCGCGCUGUACCGCUCGGGCAUUGGCGAGUCCACCGUGUCCUUGGAGAGCACGCUCAGGUCAGCCAAGAGCCGCAGCAGCUACCUGGCUUACACACUCAGGGAGGAAUCUGGUCAGAAGCCCAGUGUUUCUUCAGGGACAGCUAAAGGACACACAGAUCUGGAUGGGCCUCUGUUCCACAGGAACGGCACUAAGGGCGAUGACUCUGACUCAGACAGUGAGCUGUCAGUGGAUGAACACAGCUCCUCCUACGCCUCCUCCCACUCCUCUGACAGUGAGGAUGAUGACAUUGAUGUCAAGCCCAAGUGGAACAACGAGAGACAACCCAUCCACAGCACGCCUAAAGUGGAUUCAGUAUCCAAUCACGUGAAGCCUUACUGGCCAGCAGAGGCCACCACAGCCAGUGACAGCGAGGACCCCGGUGGCACAGAGAGGCUGAGGGUGGAGACCAAGGUGAACGUGGAGCUGCACCCGGAAAAUAAGCUCAACCACAUUGGUGAAAGAGAGAGGGAGACCCUCCAGGAGAAGGACAAACAAACGCCUGGCAAUGCUAGAGAUGCAGCGCCCCCUAGCCAACCAAACAGCAACAGCAACCACCAACCAGAGCAGAGAAAAGGUAUCUUAAAGAACAAGAUCAGCUACCCUCCUCCGCUGAGCGACAAGAACAUGAAGAACCGUCUGAGGGAAAAGCUGAGUGAUUACAACCCCCCCACCAUCACCUCCCCUCCACCCAUCAACAACAACAACACCUCCUCCCAACCUCCCUCUUCCGUCAACAUCAUAACUCCUUCGUCCCGGCCGCCCUCACUGGCCUCCAAUGAUGGAAGUCGCCCUGGUAACCACGACAACAGCUCCCUCAUCAAACCCCCAGUCACUCCACGGCCGCAGAUUCCCGUCGGACUCCCACCAGUGGGCAUCUACCGGGAGACCAAUGGGGGAGUGGCAAUGCACUUGAAGUCAGGGACGGUCAAUGGAGGCAACGACUCAGACUCAGAUGGCAGUAAUGAGACUUCGAUCUGACCUGUUAGGAAAACCCAGACCAGCCUGCCCUUGUGAGAGUAGGAGAGAAGAACCUGCUGGGGGGAGGACAGGAAGGGAGGACAGCCAAGAGGACGGGAAUAAAAGAGAAGGAAAACUGAAGACGGAUAGAUGCUGCAGGUUGGGUGAAAGGAGGGUGAAAGUUUUCUCUGCGUCUGAUCUGUCCAUCCAUCCAUCGUCUCAUGAUCCCUCACUCUGGAGAGCAGUAUUAAUUGCAGAUUUUAAGACUGCCUGAGACAAGAAAAUAAGAUGUGAGAAAUAAUAAAGGGAAUACUGUUUCGAACUUUACCAAGAGAGGUUGCAAUGGAGCCACGCGUGCCAAAACUGCAGUAGGAAAUGGUCACAGAGAUGAAGAUUUCACCCGGGACGCAUUGCAAGCCCCAGAACAAUGUUCCUCGAUCGCGGUUAUGAGGGGUCAACCGUUUCAUGGAUAAAGUUAGGAAUACUGUAUAAAACUUUUGGACAGCUUCUUUCUUGUGGAUAAAGGCAGAUGUAUAAUCACUGUGCAUGAACCCAGACUCAAAUACAUGCUGGUACCUUUGUAGUCCAAGAAGAUUUCAAGUACUACAAGUCCUAUGAGAAGUCAGACAUAAACCUGACACAACCUGUUCUCACUGACUUUUGACACGUCCGAUAGUGCUAUCAACCACACACCAAGUGCUCUUUUUUUUUUUUUGUUUUUUAACUACUCAAAGAAAGGCCUACCCAGCCUCUCAAUGCAGUGCAUUUAGAGUGUAAUUAAUGUGUACAUAUUGUUAAAGGUGAAGAAGAAAUGAUCUAUUUUGUAUUUCAGCUGUAGUGAGGGCAUAUUUCCAAACUAAAAAUCGUUUGCCUAAACUAAAAUCAUUUGCCUGUGUUAAGCUGGCAACGCUCUCAGUCGUGAAAACGACCUGAUAUGCUGGUUUAAUCUAAUGAGAACAAUAAUCUGUGUGCCUUCAUCCUGAAUUUACACAUGUGCACACACACACACGUUGCAUUAGCCUGUAGCUGGCUUUCGAGUGUUGUACCACACACUCUGUAGAUACAAAUAGACACACAUAAUGCAUGGAGACUGUUAUGUUUAUGUGUGUUAGUGACCUGAAAUGUCCCAAGUCCAGGCACACACACGCAGAGAACAGUGGGCCUUAAUGAAUGUUAAUUACGUGGAAUGGAGAGGAAUUCCCCCUCUGCUGAAAAUUUAGUUUUUCAGUUCCAGCACUAUGAACCCGAAGCCUGUGUGUCCAAAACAACACACUCCUGGUUACCAAAGUCAUGAAUACAGUAAAAAUGCACAUUAGGGUUUAAGUCAGUUCACUUUUAACUCAGUUUUACCUUUAAAUAUUUCAAAAAACUAAUCUGUUUAUCUUUGGUGGUAUAAAAGUACAGUGCAGGAUUAGAGUUUAUAUGCUUUUCCUGCUCUCACUGGAUUGAUUGCAUAUUUUAGCAUUAGCAUUUGAUAGCCUUUUUUGUAAUUCCAAAAUUGACACAUAUGCAUGCUUCAGUAUUAAUGAAAAGGUUUGUCUUUAUUGCUGAGUUUCUAAAUCUGAGUUCCAAGUGAAAAUGAUGCCAACUUUAAUGCAUUUUGCAGCUAGUGUAAGGCAACUUGUUUACCACUCACUGAAUGCCUUUGUACCACAGAUGCUGUACAACCCCAGUGUUUUGCCCUCCUGUAAUCAAUGCUGUUGAUAAAUGUCCUUGUUUUUUUAUUGAUCCGAGACACUGGAAAUGUUUUGUAACAUAAUGUAUAUUUAUUUUUUAUGGUUUUAAGACACUGGAAAGAAAAGAUGAUUGUGACUGUAAGAUUAAAGAUGACAUGAUGAAUUUUUAA